CAAUGGCGAACGAUGAACAACAGUCCAACGUCACAACCGGUUCGGUGAUGACGAUCGUCAAUAAUGUGCUUCAAAUGGAACAGAAAUUGAAUGGUGAAAAUGAUACUGGGAUUAAGAAAGAAUCCUGCAACGAUGAUGUCGCCGAACAAGGCGGACAUCCGAAGGAAACAAACGUGAGACAAAAACGAAAGAAGGCGACCGGAAAACAAAACCCUAGUGUUGACACAAUCGAUGGUAAACCAUCACUAGAUCAUCGAUCGGUGGGUAAGGAAUCGACUGUAUCCUCCCAUCCGGCACCUUCUUCCGAAGCGUUGGGCAAUCUUUCCAAAGCCAACGGGAAAAGACUCAAGCUGGAUCUUAAGCCAAAUCAAGAGCAUCACGAUCCAACGUCUCCAUUAGGAUUGUUGCAUGAGGAGAAAGUGAUCGUACGUAGCAAACCACCAAUUCCACCGAAGCCAGAUGUCCGGGCAAUUCAAGCAUCUUCCCAAGCGGCACAACCGAAAGUCACCGUUUUGCCCGCCACCCCGCAACACACGAAGGGAAAGAAGCAGCAGGUGACCGAAGCCCACAAUGCACACACCGUCCAGAAGCUGCUGGCCCAGAACGAACAGAUGCGGCUAGAACUUAGCGAACUCCGAAGCAGUUUGGCUGCAGAGCGGAAUGCUGUCAGAGUAUUACGGGCCCAAAAUGAGUCCGAUCUGCGAAAGACAAAAUCCGAAUGCAAGAAACUGCAGGAAGCUCUGCAGCAUCAGAAACGUCACUCUUCCGCUCAAACACAGUGCCAGAACGUGUCCGUAAGUGGUGGCACGCCGGCAAAGCGACCGCACCGCGGAUCAGCGGAACAAGAGCCUCAGGGUGGCGGUUGGGCUUCGGAGACACGCGGUCCGCACCAUCAGCAGCAGUGCUGUUUGGAAGUUUUGAAGCUGAAUCAGGAGAUUUCUGCCCUGCGGGAAACGAACAAGUUCUUAGAGGAAAAAUAUCAAAUUUCCUCCGAGGCUGAACGGCAGAAAGCUUCCGAUAUUCGCGUACAGCGUGAUCUGCACGAACUACGAUUGACUCAACUUUCCAAGUCAGCGAGAAACGAAAUCCAGCGCAUGCUGGAGGAGCUGAAAUCGAAGGAUCGCAGCAUAGCGCAGCUCAAGAAGGAGCUACAGGCUGCGCUAGCUGCCCAAGCAGGAACCGGUGGUGGAUGUCGCAAGGAGAGAAAGGCUGCUAAAAAUUCCGCUCAGCAAUCGCACGAGAUGCGAAAAUUGCGUGAGACAGAACCAUGUAGCGGAACUAUCAGCAAAAGCAACAGCAAUAACAGCAUCCAAUCCGUCACCGACGAUUAUGAACAGCUGGAAACGAAAGAAACUCUGGAGCUGACUAUUGUCACCGCGACAACCACGACGACCGUCGUCCCGGCAGCGGAUGAAGCGUCAACACACGACUGCAGCUGCCGUGCGACGCGAAACACAAGUGAAAAACAAGUGAAUAAUCUAAACCUAGCGAUAGAAACAACGACGUGCGGCAACGAUGAGGCUGAACGGCCAACGCUGUCGCACGAAUUAUGUAAACGAACCCAGGAAGCUCAUAGUAUCGACAACAGUAGUGUCUGCAACGUAGUACUAGAAUCUAAGGUCAGUUCGCCUUACUUUGCACCGAACCAAGCAACAGACACACCUGCACCACAAACGAUCGUCUCGAUCGAGUGCCAACAAUCGUCCCUUAGUUCCGAUCCGGAUUCAGCCCUUUCUUCAAUGAGUCCGCAACCGAACAGCUUUACCGGGGAUGCGCCUCAGGACGAUCCAUGGAACGUCCAGCAUACACCGGUAGUCCGGGACGAAGGAAAACUGGCAAGAAUAAAGUUGGAGCUGGAUGAGAUGCAGCAGCGGUACGAUACUCUCAACCAGGAUUACAUGCUUGCCAAGGAACAGAUCGACCAGCUGGAGCAGGAGCUGGUGAAGGCGACACAAGCUUCGCGCGAGCAGAGUAAAUUGAACGAACGCAUCGCAUACCUCGUCAAGCGCGAGGAAGACCUGCUAAAGGAAAGUCACGAGUUGCGGGAGCAAAACGAACUGCUCGAAUUCCGCAUAAUCGAGCUUGAGGAGAGCCAUGACAAGUGGUCGCUUCGAAAUAACUCAAGUCCCACGGUCGGUGGUGGAACGACAAAAGACGGUUGGACGGACACCGAAAAGGAGCACGAUGAGUUGAUAAUGCUCUCAGAGCGCUCCGAUUCCGGCGUCACCUCACCCAACAGUCAUCACCAUCUGGAGGACCAGCAGAGCGGUGUUCCGUCCCCAUGUGACUUAUCGCUCUUGGAUCAAAUACCUACAGACGAUGUGCGCAAACGACUCAUAGCCAUGACCAAACGCACGUGCUACGACGAAGAGGAUAAGCUGUGUCUACUGCAGAUCCUCUCACUACUAAACAACCUCGAAGCCCUGUCACAGGACCAUGAAAUUGCUGGCGAAGACAUGAGUCUGGAACCACCCGUCCAAAAGUACAACUACAGCUUGCCGGACAGUAGCACACCACCAAAGGCGCUACUCCAGUCGGCGGCGGCCGCAGUAAUAAGCAAUACCACACCAUAUAAAACCGGUACAGCGAGGAUCGUUGCUACCGUGCAGCCGUUCCACAGCACGGACCAGCAUCUACCCACCCAAACGCCUCCACCAAAAGCGCCAUCGAUUGCCUCGAUCGCCGAAACGUUCGGUGGUAUGAAGAAAUCGACACGCUGGAACAACGCUACCAGCCUGCAGGAGAGUGGAGUAUUUGUCGAUGAACCAUGUACUCACGUUGCCACACAGACGGAGGAUUUCCCUGCACUGGAAAAGACAAACGCCGAGCUGUGCGCGGAGAUUGAAAAAUUGAACCGAUUCCGGGAAAAGAUCGAGGAGUGUAAGGGUGUGGCAGCAGCAGUCUGUAAGACGCCCAGCAAGGGAUCGAUGGUGGCAUUGAACUUACCGGCUGCUAGCGGUGAUGAAGCAUGUGAUAGACGCCGACUACAGUUCUACGUCGAGCGAGCAGAAAUGCUUGAGAACAAGCUGAAGGUGUACGAAAGCAGUGGUGAUCAACAACUGCGUCACCUAUCUGAUCGAUUGCAACGCGAAGUACAACUAGAAGGAUGGGUGAAAGAGCUGUCGGAAAAGCUUGGACGGGUAGAGUUGGAAAACGAGCGACUCGAGGAGGAACGCUGUGAGCUGGAGGAGAUCGAGAAUGAUACCCGUUUACGGUUGCAGCGUCUCGAGGAAGAUCUGGAAGUGAUGGGACAACGGAAUGAAGAAUUGGAAAUGUCCCGCAGCUCGUACCAAUCCAAGUUCCAGGACGCGAAGGAAAACAUGGCCAGCCUUGAGGAGCUCAUCCACAAGUAUGAGGAGAAGAUCUUUUUGCUUGAGGAGAAUGAAAACGAGCUGCGAGAGAGGAUCGAGAUCAUCUACAUGUUUAUACCGUUGCUUCUUAUGUACAACAGCUGGCAGUUGCAAGAGUACUAUAAGCAACAUCAAGCUACUAUGGUAGCGCAACUUCAAGUCCAGCAACACAAACAGCAAAGAUCCAGCUUAUCCUAUGCGGAACCACAUGCCAUCCAGUGUAUCCCGAUGGAACACAUCGACUACUACGAUAGCAGCAGUUCGCAGGCCGACGAUUUGCAGGGCCGCUUGAGCGAGCUGAUGAGUCGUGAAAAGGAACUCACGCAAAACAUUGCCGAAUUGAACCGAGCGUACAACGAGACGCUGGAAAAUGCGGACAAUUUGUGGGCCCAGAUGGAGCGCGAGUACAAGGAAAAGAUAAGCCGCUGCGAGCAGGAAGAAGCGACGCUCAAGUCCAAGAUAGCACAGCUCGAGGAACGGCUUAGCAAGGACAGUGAGUACGCGAGUGAACGUAUCGCCCAUCUAGAAGAGGCCGAGAGCAGUCUAAAGAGUCGCGUCAGUCGACUAGGGAAGGAGAACAAGGAACUCUCGGCUAGACAUGGUGCAUUGCUCGAGGAGUACGGUACACUUAAAGAAGAUUAUGCCAAGCUUCAAAACUAUCUGCGUGGUCCGGCUGCGGAAGCGUUGGAACGAGAAAAGAAACGAGUGCUCGCGCUGGAAGACGAACUAGCGCACACCGAACAGAUGUUACGUGACGGUGAAGAAUCACAUCGAGCAGAAGUGGGCACUUUGCGAGGUCGUCUACUAACUUCGACCAAGGAGCUUAACCACAUCGAGGUGACGAAUAGUGAGCUGCGUGAAGAGGUGGAAACGCUUGAAGCACGCAUCCGUGAGCUAAUGUCCCAACGGGGAAGUGAUGAGGAACGCAUCAAGCAGUUGACGGAAGAGUUGGAAGCGAAGCAAUCACAAAUUGUAGCCCUUCAGCACGCCCGGCGAUCUGGUGGCACAGGUUCGGGCAGUAAUCGUGCGUCGGCCACGCGCAGUUUGGCGCAGGAACUCGAACGACCGCUUAAGGGCACUUACACACGCCACGGGUACGAGGUACAUCCACUCAGUCGGAAGUUUCCCGACAGCGAUAGUAGUGGCAGCGGUGGAGAGGACCGGAGCAAAUUUCCUCACACGCGCCCGUCGGCAUUUGAAACCAAAGAAGUGAAAAGCCUUGCCGAGACGAUCAUUCUGAAUGCCGAAAGCAGGGGAGUGAAGACGCCAAAGAAAUCCUUCGUUGAGGAGGCUCGCAGCCGAUUUGCCCGUUGGGUGUGAAAGACGCCGAAUCCUGGAUCCCAGUGGACAGGAUGUCCCGAAACACCUGCCAAAUUUUGCUGGAAUAAGUACAAUACCCAUUGCCCAUGGCUG